AUGUCGCGAGCCAUGGCGGACGAUUUGGCGAGUCAGUACCAGAUGAUGGAGGAGCUGGGAAGUGGAAGUUUUGGAACAGUGUAUAAGGCAAUCGACAAGACCACGGGGGAGAUUGUCGCCAUUAAGCAUAUUGACCUGGAGUCGAGCGAAGACGACAUCCAAGAGAUUCAACAGGAGAUAUCCGUCCUAGCGACAUGCGCGAGCCCCUAUGUUACUCAAUACUACGCAAGCUUCCUCCGAGGACACAAGCUCUGGAUUGUGAUGGAAUACUUGGGCGGAGGAUCGUGCCUUGACCUGUUGAAACCUGGUGUGUUUAACGAAGCGCAUGUCGCCAUUGUCUGCCAGCAACUUCUCCAGGGCUUAGACUACUUGCACAGCGAAGGAAAGAUCCACCGAGAUGUCAAAGCGGCCAACGUUCUACUUUCACACACGGGCAAGGUGAAGCUCGGAGACUUCGGAGUCGCCGCACAGUUGACCAACAUCAAGUCGCAACGCAACACCUUCGUCGGAACACCAUUCUGGAUGGCCCCGGAGGUUAUUCAGCAAGCCGGCUACGAUUACAAGGCAGAUAUCUGGUCGCUGGGUAUUAGUGCGAUGGAGAUGAUCAACGGAGAGCCGCCGCACGCUAGCACCCAUCCGAUGAAAGUUCUGUUCCUGAUCCCCAAGGAGCCUGCCCCUCGGCUACAUGGUGACGGAUACAGCAACGCUUUCAAGGACUUUAUUGCGCAGUGUCUGACAAAGGAUCCUGAGCGCAGGCCGAGUGCAAAGGAUCUUUUGAGACAUAAAUUUAUUCGAAAUGCCGGGAAGACAGAAGCGUUGCAGGAACUGAUCCAGCGGAAGCAGGAUUGGGAUGCUGGACGCGGUGUAUCACGUAAUGUGAAGUACUAUGCGGAGUCUCUGAACACAAUCACGCAUCUCAAGGACGACGACGGCUGGGUUUUUGAUACGGUUAAAGCACCUACCAUGGUCAUCCGGGAAGACUCUGAUGACUCGGAGACUGGGUCAGUUAUUGUUCACGAUCCUCUAUAUGACGAGUCGGCCGAAAUGGUUGAGAACCUCCGCAUAUCAAGUCCCCCGAACCCACGACAAAGACACAACAACACCGCCGUACGCCGUGUACCGGCACCCGAUCGCAGCCCUUCUCUUCGACGACCAAAACGACGAUCCAGUGGUGUGAAACAGCCACUGGGAGUGGAUCUUACGUUCGGUAACAGUCCUUCGACUGUUCGCCAAUUCCGACGGGUGUCUGACAAGGCCCCAACUGAGGACUCGUAUCUGUCGCAGCAACUCGCCGGUACGGACGAGAAUGCGAGCCCUAAAUCAGUAUACACCGAGACCAACAGCAAAGAAGCCCAGCUGGGACGCCGGGCAUAUACAAAGGCCGUGGGUCACGCGUGCCAGGAGGUCCUGGGAACGACUGCAGACCAGGAAAAGCGCGAGGCGAUAUCUCGACUCGCAGAGGCCUUCAGUGACCUGGAAAUGGUCGAUCCAGAGGGCCUCUACCAAAUUCUCAAAACUACAAACGAAAAGCUCUUAGGUGACUGCAAGCUGUCAACUCUUGUCCCACAAGCUCCACCUCCCGAAUCUCCACAACGGCCUCGCCUCGUUCUGGCACAGAACAACCCGCACUUGAAGAGUCACAAGCGGCGCCAAUCGGCGGCAAUGAUUGAGCCAAAUCCGCAACCUCAACAGGCGAACCUUCCGGGCCAGCCUGUCGCAGGCAUGGAGCACAUCAAACAACUAUCCGACGUUCUCUACCAGCGAUGGUCUGAAGGCCUUCGCAACCGGUGGCCCGGAGUAUAA